UGGAAACAUGACGGGAGGGGUGGCGGGUUAGAGGCGGUGCGACUGUCAAUUGUGUUCCCUAUUCUCGUCAAAAGUCGGCUGUUGUUGCUGUUGAGUCAAACCAAGACGGUCCUGGACGCUGUGUUGAGUCAGAGCAGUGCGCUCCACGCUGACACGUGAACGCGUCUUCUCUUUUCUCGCCGCAAACGGAAGCGCAACUUCGCUCCUUUUUUGCACUUUGACAUCGCAGUGUUUUGGGGGAGAGGAGGAGGAGGAGUAGGGUUUCGUGUCGCCUCGGAGCCAAACGCUGGAUUGUUGUCAAACAUUUCUUCACAUCAACACCUCGUCUCGCUUUCGCCGUUUCUCGUCACGCACUGAGGCUUUGUGCGUUUUUCUGGUGCACAGAAAGGGGGUGUCUUCACCGCCUCGAGGCAAAGCGGCAAGACUGGGCACGGUGAAGACUUGUUGCGCGCAUCCGGGGAGCGCACCAGUCCAGUUUUCAUCCAAGUCCAUGUACAGUACCUGUGUGUGAUGCUUUGAUUUGAGCUGCGGGUCUGUGAGUGGAGCAUGGACUGUGGAGAUGAGCUCAGCCUGAAGUCAGCACGGUUCGCUGCUCUGUGACUAUGACAAUCUGCCCAUAAUUAACCAAACUGAACUGAUUAGUUUGCUCCGGUGUGUGUGUGUGUGUGUGUGUGAGUGAGAGAGAGAGCUGCUGCCGAGCGGCUGAUGCUUCAGGAAAAACCAUUUCUCCAUUAAAUGGCAUCCACGCGCAGCAGAGUCAAACUUUAUUCGGGUCAGAUCCGACGACUUGAUUAAUUUUCGUCCCCCGGUGUUUCAAAUCGAGCCCAGCCUCUCUCUACUCAUCGACAUGUCUGAGCGUGAUGGAUAUGGAGACGGGCUGUACAGCGACGGAGCGCAGGACUGCAUCCCGCCGAGAGCGUCCCGCGGCCGGCGGAGCGGUGUCAUCCUCCCCGGUGGAGGUGGCGGCCAGGACACCGACACCAUCCUCCUGGAUUCGGUGAAGGCGGCACCGCGCCGGAGCAGCAUCAUCAAGGAUCCCACGGUGCAGAAGGUGGGCGGAGGCAGAAAGAAGACUGUGUCCUUCAGCAGCAUGCCCUCUGAGAAGAAGGUGAGCAGUGCUGCAGACUGCUUGGCGUUCAUGCAGGGCGGGUGUGAACUGAAGAAGAUUCGGCCCAAUUCCAGAGUUUACUGUCGUUUCUACACUCUGGACACCGACCUCAGCUGCUUACGCUGGGAGCCGUCUAAGAAGGACGGGGACCGGGCUCGACUGGACGUCUCCAGCAUCCGAGAGGUUCGCACGGGGAAGAGCACCGAGACGUUCCUCCAUAACGGUCCUCUCUCUGAGCACCUGGCUGAGGAAGCAGCCUUCUCCAUCAUUCAUGGGGACGACUACCAGUCUCUGGACUUGGUUGCAUUGUCGGCAGAUGUGGCCAACAUCUGGGUGACAGGCCUUCGCUACCUGCUGGCCCACCCCUCAGUCAUUGGGGGUGGAGGUGGUGGUGGAGGAGGAGGUCUGAGUGAAGGAGGGGGUGUGGCGGUCGACGGCAGCCUGGGGGGCAAGAUGAGGAGUGAGUGGCUGGCGGCGGAGUUCGCCCAGGUGGAUGAAGACGGCUACGGCAUCGUGUCAGAGGACGUGGCCGUUGCCACCAUCUGUAAACUGUGUCCAGGUAUCAAGGAAGCAAAGGUACGACUGCGUUUUAAGGAGAUCCAGCGCAGCAAAGAGAAGCUGACCUCCCACGUGACUCGUGAGGAGUUCCAGGAGGCCUUCUGUGAGCUCUGCACCCGGCCUGACGUUUACUUCUUAUUGGUGCAACUGUCAAAGGACCGCGAGUGUCUCGACCCUCAGGACCUCCGCCUCUUCCUGGAGACGGAGCAGGGUUUGUCUCUGGCGACGACUGAGGGCUGCUGGGAGCUGCUGAGGCGCUGCGAGCCGUCCGCCCAGGGCAGGGAGAGGGGGCUGCUGGGUAUGGAUGGAUUUGCCCGCUACCUGCAGUCUCCAGAGUGCCAGCUGCUCGACCCUGAGCACCUGGGAGUUUGUCAGGACAUGAACAUGCCUCUGUCCCACUACUACAUCAGCACUUCGUACCGCUCCUACCUGCUGGAUGAUCAGGUCCACGGCAGAGCAGACCUGGGAGGGCUGAUCAAGGCCCUGCAGUCCGGCUGUCGCUGCGUGGAGCUGGGAGUGACUGACGGCCCAGAGGGGGAGCCUCUCCUCGGGGUCGACUAUGGGCCAGAGAUCCCUCGCCACCAUCAUCACCACCACCACCAUCACCACCACCAUGCGCCUGUCACCAUCCGCUCAGCUCUGGAGGUGGUCAAUAAGUACGCCUUCCUGACCUCUCAGUACCCUCUCUUGGUGUACUUGUGCCAGCGUUGCUCUCCUGGCCAGCAGCGCACCAUGGCUCAGCACCUAAAGAAAGUGUUUGGCGCCCGUCUUUACACUCCAGAGGCGCUCCAUGUCAGCCUGGGGGGGCGAGCCACAACCUUACCCUCCCCCGAGCAGCUGAAGGGACGCAUCCUGAUAGUGGGGAAGAAGCUCCCUGCAGAGCAGGACGGCUCUGAGGGGGAGGUAUCUGAGGAGGAUGAGGAGAUAGGAGGAGGGGGGCCUCUGGCAGGACGCCGAAUGACCAUCCCUGGUGAGGAGGAGCUGGGUGUGGUCUUGGUGGUGCCUCCACCCUCUCAACCCAGGAAGCUACGCCUCCACAGAGAGCUGUCAGACCUGGUGGCGAUCGCUCGCACGGGCAGCCGCAGCUUCUAUGCGCAGAGAUCCAGUCACAAACAGGCUCAGCAGCAGUCACCACCCAGCAGCCCCUCCUCUCCCAGCACGCCAAUCCCUCCUGAGCCGCCUUAUUGGACGCUGUGCUCACUGGGUGAGGGAGAGGCCGGGCGGCUCACCACUGAGAGCCCAGAGGACCUCGUAAUGUUCACCAAGCGCACCCUGACCAGGGUGCGACCCAGCUCAGUGCGUCUGGACUCCAGUAACCCCAACCCACAGGGAUACUGGAAAGGAGGUGUCCAGCUCGUGGCCUUGAACCAGCAGACUCCCGGCGCCAUGCUGGACCUCCACAGAGGUCGCUUCUCGCAGAACGGAGGGUGUGGUUACGUUCUGCGCCCAGCUGUAAUGAGGGACGAGGUGUCGUAUUUCAGUGCGCACACGCAGGGCUGUGUGCCAGGAGUGCCGGCUCAAACUCUGCGGAUUAAGGUGAUCAGCGCCCAUAACCUGCCCAAGCCUCAGGGCUCUGGGGCGAAGGGUGAGGUCAUUGACCCGUAUGUGGUCCUGGAGCUGCACGGCGUACCAGCUGACUGUGCUGAACAGCGUACACGCACUGCUGCUCAGAACCAGGACGACCCGCUGUUUGAUGAGACCUUUGAGUUUCAGGUCAACAUGCCAGAGCUGGCCUUGCUGCGCUUCGUGGUGUUAGACGACGACUACAUUGGAGACGAUUUCAUCGGCCAGUACAGCGUGGCCUUUGAGUGCCUUCAGCCCGGCUACCGCAACGUGCCCCUGCUGGGCAUGGCGGGAGACCCCUUACCCCACACCAGCCUGUUUGUCCACGUGGCGAUCACCAACCGGCGAGGAGGUGGGAAGGCCCAGCGGCGAGGUCUGUCGGUGAGGAGGGUGGGGAGGCGAGGGCGGGAGUACGUCACGCUGAGGCACACCGGCAUCAAGGUGGUGGAUGAGACUUUCAAAUCGGCCAGUGCUCCCCUCAAAGAGGCUACAGACCUGCGGGAGGAAGCUCAGAGCACCACCGCCAGCUUCAAAGAGCAGUGUGGGCUCCCCACGGUGGCCAAACUGAAGCAGUGCAUCCAGAGCCUGGCGACCAGGCUGCAGAGCCCCGAGGGACCCAUGGGGGCCACCAUGGUGCUGAAGGAGGGAUACCCAUGUCUGGAGGCUCUGGUCAACCUCUCAGAGCCGACACGCAAACUGCUCACUGCCUACGACACGAUGAUCGCCGCCCAGAAACAGCUGAUUGAGAACGCGGACGCCGUUCAGGAGAGGAUCGCCCAGGUGCAAAGAGAAGGCAUGGACUUCCACGAGGAUCUGUCUCGGCUCGGGGAGAAGGAGGGACUGAAGGGACGCAAGCAGUGCAAAGCUGUGGAGAGUUUCACCUGGAACAUCACUGUCCUCAAGGGUCAGAGCGAUCUGCUGCGAGGAGCUAAGAUGGAUUCCCUGGAUGCCCUGAGGCAGCUGGCUCUGGCCUGCGAAGCCUGCGGACUCACCUCCUCCUCCUCCUCCUCCAACUCCUCGUCCUCCACCUUCUCCACUGCCGAGCUGCACUACUCCUCCCACCCUCUGUCUGGCCGCCGAAGCAGCACGCACGGCAACGGCCGCAUCUGAUGAAAAAGGGAGCGGACAGAGUAAUUACAGAGGAUAACAGAGAUGAGGAGAUACGAGAGAGACAGAACAAAAAAGCACCACAGGAGACAGAGGCUUUUCUCUCUGGCAGUGUGUGUAUCCCUUUAUCCAGUGCAGUAUGUGUCUAGACUAGCCUAGACUGAAGCAGUGUGUCUGUUAAAGCCUUACGGUGAGGUCAUCAAAUUAUCACUGAAAGGUCCGGCCUGUAGAGAGGCUCAUCAUGAAUGUCGUAACUCAGCCGUGGAAAGGCAAAGAGAGACUCUCAUCACGGGUUCUUGAACUUUUUGACGGCUCCUGCUUGCUUUUCUGUGAGAAAAUGUGUGACUCAAUAUUGUAACUCUGCGGGUUUUCCUCAUUAGACGGGAAAUAAUAGUCGCCUGAAUAAUUUGUGACAACGGGGCUGUCGUGAUGUUCACGGUCCUGUUGGUGUUUGGAGGUAGAAUGAGAAAUGGAGAUAUGAUGGCACGAGUUAUUCUCUGCCUCAGCAUUUCAGCUCGUCCCCUGGGAAGGCAACAAGAUCACCUGUGUGUGUGUGUGUGUGUGUGUGUGUGUGUGUGUGUGUGUUUACAGUGUUGCAAGUGGUGCUGUAAGCGACUGAUUGACAGGAUGUGACCCAGAAAAAACACACAGGUGGAGACAGAUUCAAGUAGCCUAUGUUUGUAAUGUAGUAUUACUUCUUUAAACUCACAAAAGUUUUAUGGUAAUUCUAAUUUUCCUUUAGAUGCAGUUAAUGCAACUGAACUCACACAGCAGCUUCAAGUAGAAACAGACAACUUUUUAACUUCCCCCCCUCUGGCAUUUCUGUCAUUCCGUUGUUAGAGUUUGUGCCACGCUCGUAAAGACAACCAAAUUUUUUUCCUUUUCCCUCAGAGGCUAGCAACUCCCAACACACAGUCAACUCUGCAUUUUGAUUUCCACUAGGGUGUUUGACCGUCUGCCAUUACUGAGCUCGACUCAAGCCGGCUGAUGGUGUCAUCUGCAACUCAGCUGGUCAAAUCUCUGGCAGCUGCUUUUAACGCUGAUAAUUCGAUUCGAUAAUUGAGCUUAUCUAAAGUAUCAUUGGUUAUUAAUGAGGUUUGGGAGUUUGGACAGAUUAAACGUCUUGUUCAUUCAAACACUGGCUGAUUUAUCUAAUUGACUGCGUUGGUUCUUUCCAGACUUGAAUCUCUUAAAUGGGGAUAGCUGCCGAUAGCUACAAAGGAAAACAAAAGCGCUGCCCUCUUCCCGCUUUCGUUGCGCAGUGGUUUGACGCUGCAUUUUGUUUUUCCACAGUUAAUGUGGUUGUUCCACGAUGGUGGAUGGUAACUGAAAAGAAUAUAAGUCCAGUUCAGACCAAAGAUUUGUGCCGAGAUGAAACCGUUUUAGAACGUUGCGGUGAAAGG